AUGGGUGAGAAUGAAAGCAGCCGUGACCCGGUCAUUCUCACCCGUGUACACGUCACCCGGUUAAUCCUGGCAGCCCUUAAUAAAGCACAGGUGCAGACAGACAUUGAGAAGUGGGUAUUGGAUGAAGAUUUAGAUAAACAAAUUGAGGAACGCGAACAAACAGAAAAUAAAUUCUUUUCUUUAAUUGCUGAAGCUGAAGCUCUGUUAGAAUAUUACAAUAAUGAAAACCAAUCUGAAACUUCAUCUGCCAACACUCAGUCUGCCUUAAAUCUGAAGCUACCUCCAUUACAUAUUUUAAGAUUCGACGGACAGACCAGCAUGUGGAUAACCUUCAGGGAUACCUUUCUGUCUUUGAUUCAUGAGAAUGGAAGUAUUCAAGAAGUUGCUAAGUUUCACUAUUUGAAGUCCUAUCUAGAUGGCGCUGCCAGUGACGUUAUUAGUUCUAUCGCUGUUUCUGCAGCUAAUUAUCAAAUUGCUUGGAACUUAUUAUGUGAUAGGUACAAUAAUAAACGUAUAUUAAUUAAUGAGCAUUUAAAAGCGAUAUUUUCAAUCGAACCUUUGUCUAAGGAAUCAGAUAAGGGUAUUCGUUGUUUAAUUGAUGCAUUUUCUAAAAAUUUAAGCGCAUUAAAUAGUUUAGAAGAGCCGACCGAUUCAUGGGACACGAUUAUUAUAUACAUAGCAGUUAGUAAAUUAGACAGUAUUACAGCGGGUAAAUGGGAAGAAUUUAGAAGCAAUAAGGAAUCACCUACUUUACAAAAUUUUUAUACAUUUUUACGUCAAAGGGCAACAGUUUUAGAGACAGUCAAUGCUAAUAGAUCAAAUAAAAAUGAAAAACGCAACAAUAUGGUUAAAUCUAAAUCAUUUAUUAUUUCCUCAAAGACAUCUCCUGAUUUUUCUUGCACAGUUUGUGGUUUAAAACACAAGUUGUUUGACUGCAGUAUGUUUAAAUCGUUACCAAUAGAAGAACGUAUUGCUAAGGUUUCUGCCGGUCGUCUAUGUAAGAAUUGUUUCCGAGGCGGCCAUCGAUCAUUCCAGUGCAAAAUGAGCGGCUGUAGAAUCUGCAAAGGAAAACAUAAUACCCUAUUACACAAACAACUUUCAUUACCUGUAAAUUCAACCACUCCACCUCAAGCACACAUACCAUGUGAUCAACAAACACAUGAUUCAUCUACAGUACUGACAACUACACACAAUGCUACCAUUCUAAAUGAACCUAAAACCACAGCUAAUUUCUCGAAUUCUAUAAUUAUGUCUGCUGUCGCCGCCAAUCAAGCUCUUUUGUCUACAGCGUUGGUCAAGGUGACAAACAAUGACAAACCCUACAUAUUAAGGGCUUUAUUAGAUAGUGGUAGCCAGUCUACGUUUAUAACUACAAAGGCACUACAGUUGAUCGGACUAAACAAUAUUCAAAGUGUUCAUCAAUGUGUUUCUGGUAUUCCAAAUAAUAUACAACUUGCAGAUCCUAAGUUUUAUCAAUCAUCAGAAAUUGAUAUUCUUUUGGGAGCUGAUGUUUUUUGGGAGUUGCUAGAUAAUUCAAAAAUAAAACUAGGUCCUAAAUUACCUAUCCUUCAAAAAACUCAAUUAGGCUGGAUUGUAACCGGUCCUAUUAGCGGAGGUAGUUCAAAUAGUCAUGUUAUCAAAUGCCAUUUUUCUCAAGAGAUAUAUAAACAACUAGCUAUGUUCUGGGAAUUAGAAGAAAUACCUAAUAAUCCUAAAUCUCUUGAUGACAAUUAUUGUGAGAGGUUCUUUCGAGAAACUACUAAACGAGAUGACAAUGGAAGAUUUUGUGUACAAAUUCCACUUAAAGAAUCACCACAAGUGUUAGGUGAUUCAUACAACGUUGCACUUAAAAGGUUUAAACAAAUGGAAAGAAAGUUUAAACGCGAUUCUUCUUUCCAUCGAAAUUAUAGUAAUUUUAUAUAUGAGUACAAAGAGUUAGGGCAUCUUGAUGAAAUAUCCGAUCAUGAAAAAUUAGGCUAUUAUCUUCCGCAUCAUGCAGUAAUCCGAGAGAGUAGUAGUACCACAAAAUUACGUGUGGUUUUCGAUGCAUCGUCAAAAACGUCAUCUGGAAAAUCCUUAAAUGAUAUUCAAUAUGUAGGUCCAGUAGUACAGAACGAUUUACUAUCUAUCUUAAUACGCUAUAGACAACACAAAUUCGUUAUCACAGGAGAUAUUGAAAAAAUGUAUAGGCAAAUUCUUGUCGACCCUAAUCAGCGCAGUUUGCAAAAAAUUUUAUGGCGUGAUAACGAACAGCAACCAAUUAAAACAUUUCAAUUAAACACCGUAACCUAUGGUACCGCUUCUGCACCAUUUCUCAGUACCAGGUGCCUCAUUCAAUUGUCAUUGGAAUGCACUGAUCCUAUUAUAGCAAGGUUAUUGAAGGAAGAUUUUUAUGUAGAUGAUUUUUUAUCGGGUGCUGAGACUGAAUAUGAGUUAAAAAAUAUAGUUAACUCUGUAACUACUAUUCUAGCCUCUGCUUGCUUUCCGCUUCGUAAAUUCCGAACGAACGCCCCAUCUAUAUUUGAUGAUAAUCCUGACACCUUGACACCCAAAGACUUAGAUGUGAAUGCUCGAACUAGUGCUUUAGGUCUUAAGUGGGAUCCACGAAGUGAUACUCUUGAGUUUUCUUUAAAUAUUAAUACACAAGAGAGGAUUACUAAAAGAUCAAUCCUGUCCAACUCAGCUAAAUUAUUUGACCCCUUAGGUCUAUUAGGACUUUGUACUAUCAUUCCAAAAAUGAUUUUACAAAAAAUAUGGUUGAGCAAAUUGGAAUGGGAUGAUCCUUUACCAAAGGAACUGGAACAGUUGUGGAUAGAUUUUAUUUUAAAUUUGAACAGUCUAUCAUCUGUUCGUAUUCCUCGUUGUGUUUGUAUAGCUAAUCCCAUUAAUGUCGAGCUACAUGCGUUUUCAGAUGCAUCUGAAUCAGCAUAUGCAUCAUGCAUGUACAUGAGAUCGAUUGAUGAUGCAGGAAAUAUUUUAGUUAGAUUACUAUGUGCAAAAACCAAGGUCGCUCCACUUAAAGCUAUUAGUAUACCUCGAUUAGAACUUUGCGGUGCAUUAUUAUCAGCCCGGUUAAGUGCAAAGGUAAUGAGUUCAAUUCGACGUAAAAUUACAUCUAUAUAUUUCUGGACAGAUUCAUCAAUAGUUCUUGGGUGGUUACACUCGCAAUCUCGCGACUUGAAAACAUUCGUGUCCAAUCGAGUAUCGGAAAUUCAGCAGCUAACACUUGCGCAAUCUUGGAGACAUGUGCCGAGUCAACUAAAUCCAGCUGACUUAGCAUCGCGUGGCUUGAAUCCCAAACAAAUUCAGAGGGUAAAUUUAUGGUGGGAUGGUCCUGAAUUUCUAAGGCAAGAUGAAAGGGAAUGGCCGCAAAACAUUGCACUUCUAAGUGAUUUACCUGAAAGAAAAAAUCUAACUACUACUGCUAAAACAUUAACAAACACUGUUACAACUACAUACACACAUACAAGUAUUAAUAUUAAUAAAGUCACGCAAAUUAUUGAUUUCAACAAGUAUUCUAAAUUUACAACUUUACAGAGAGUCAUGGCUUAUAUACUAAGAUAUUUACAUAACAGUAAAUGUAAAAUAGACAAACAUACGGGACACUUAACUGUCGAAGAACUUAAUUUAGCGAUGAAAAGGUUAAUUAAACUACAUCAACAAGAAUGUUUUGCUACUGAGAUAAAUAUUUUAAAAAUAAACAAAAACUUACCUUCUAAAUCGCGACUGCUUUCUCUAAGUCCAUUUCUAGACGAUAACGGGUUCCUGCGUGUCGGUGGCCAUCUCCAAAAUUCUUCUGAAAUUUAUACAAAAAAGCAUCAAAUUUUGCUUGACUGCAGUCACAAUUUUACUAAACUUCUUUUUGCAUAUAUGCAUAAAAAGCAUUUACAUAGUGGACCACAAUUAUUAUUAGCCAACAUACGAAAUGAAUACUGGCCUCUGAAGGGUAGAAUUUUGGCUCGUGGUACAAUAAAUAAAUGUUCUGUAUGCAGAUUAAUGAAAGCUAAAUCUAUAAAUCCUUUAAUGGGAAACUUACCAGCUUCAAGAGUUACUCCAAGUUAUCCAUUCGAAGUCAGCGGUGUAGAUUUUGCCGGGCCGUUCUUGAUCACAGACAGAAAGGGACGCGGUUGUAAAAUAUCGAAGAGCUAUUUAUGCUUAUUUAUUUGUUUUGCCACAAAGGCAAUACAUUUAGAAAUCGCUAGCGAUUUAUCAACGGAUGCAUUUAUUAUGUGCCUUCGUCGGUUUAUAUCACGCAGAGGAAAACCGAAUCAAAUCUAUUGUGACAACGGUACUAAUUUCGUAGGUGCAAAUAAUGAAAUUAAUAGUUUUCUAAAUUCAGAACAUGAAAACAUCUCCACGUUUGGCGCUGAUGAGGGCAUUAAAUUUAAUUUCUCACCUGCAUACUCUCCUCACUUUGGAGGUCUUUGGGAAGCCGGCGUAAAGGCGGCCAAAUUUCAUGCGGUCAGAAUAUUAGGUGAUAGGCAUUUGACGUUCGAGGAAUUGUCGACUUUAUUCACACAAAUCGAAGCAAUCCUAAAUUCCCGACCUUUGACCCCUCUCUCAUCCGAUCCUACAGACUUAGAACCUUUAACUCCAGGGCACUUCAAUAAAUCAAGACAAUCUAAAGGAAGGAGACAUGGUUAUCUUGAAGGAGCCUAA